GGUUACUAGAGGCCCUUGGGGACGAUGGGAGCCACUUCUCCGAGGAGCCGGGAGCCUCUCCUGCCGCCAGCGUUCCCUGCCUUCUGCCCCGGAGGAGCCCUCCUGGCGGUUCUGGUGCUGCUCGCGCUGCCGGCGGCCUGGGACGUCAUAAAAGAACCUGUUCACUGAAGAAAUGGGAUAAAACCUAAAGCUUUAUUUUCAGAAGAGAAGCAUGCCAAGUUUGGGAAUGAUAUCACAUCAAGUAUGGAAAAUAACUUUUUUCCUUAAGAAGACAUAAAUUCACUUAGAGGUGUCUCCUCAAAUUCAGAAAAACCCAUUUCUUCAGCUCCUUCUGUCAGGACUCCAUAUUAAUCUCAACCACUUCAUUCUUGCCCGGAAGUGUUUUUGUCGGGUUGUCGUCACUUGCACCUUCAAUGUCUGACAGAUCAAUAGGUGGUAAAGGAUUCCUCCAGCACUGGAAGUUGUUAUACUGACAAAAUUCUUCAUUGAGCUGGCUCGGCGUGGCCCACCAGUCUCCCCGCAGGGAGUCUGCGCGCCACCGCCCCUCCCCCGGCCCGCGGGACCUCAAGGGCAGAGGCGGCUCGCCGGUCCCCAGGCCGCGGCCCUCACGCUCCGCGCCGUCCGGGGCAUCGGUGUCCCCGCCGUCGCGGCGCUUGCUGGGCGAAACCGAAGGCUCAGUCAUAGCCCCCGCGUCGAUUUUACGCUUUCGGGGCAGCUCCGGGACGCCGAGGGGCUGCCCGGGAUGCGAGACCCCCGGCGGCGGGAAUCCAAAGCUGUGGCCGCGCCGGCUCCUCAGGAAAGUCGCGGAGCAGGAGCCCCUUCCAGGGCACGUGGAACGUCACGGGCUCGGCAGCACGCGGCUUGCCCGUGGGCCCCGAAGGCUCGGGCGGAGCCCGCCGGGUGCGGGACUCCCGUAGCUGUGGGAGCGGUGGGCCUCUCCACUAACUUUGAAGUCCCUGUGGUCUUGCUAUCCAGGUCAAUGCCAAUCCCCGGUGCACCUUACAUUCGCCAUGCCUACAGAACUGAUUGACAAAGAUGAGUUUCCUGUUGGGACAUCUUUGAAGUAUAAAUGCCGCCUUGGUUACUACAGAAGAGUGUUCUCUAUCACCUGCCUGCAAAACUCUGUCUGGUCAAGCCCUGAAAACAACUGUAGGCGUAAAUCAUGUGGAUCUCUUCCAGAGCUCAUAAAUGGCAAAAUGGACAUCAACAAAGACACCCAGUUUGGAUCAACUGUUAAUUAUUUUUGUAAUGAAGGAUACCGACUCAUUGGUAAAUCCUCUGCUGCAUGCAUCAUCUCUGGCAACUCUGUCACCUGGGAUAAUGACCCACCUAUUUGUGAGAGCAUUCCUUGUGGGACACCGCCAGCCAUCACCAAUGGAGAUUUCAUUAGCACCAACAGAGAAUACUUUCAAUACGGAACAGUGGUGACCUACCACUGCAAUCUUGGAGAGAGAAGGCAGAAGCUGUUUGACCUCGUGGGCGAGCCGUCAAUAUAUUGCACCAGUGAAGACAAUCAAGUUGGCAUCUGGAGUGGCCCUCCCCCUCAGUGCAUUGCACCUAAUAAAUGCACGCCUCCAGUCAUUGAAAAUGGAAUAAGGAUGUCUGAGAACAAAAGCUUAUUUUCUUUACGUGAAAGCGUGAGCUUUAGGUGUCAGCCCGGCUUUGCCAUGAAAGGACCCUCCACCGUUGAAUGCCAGGCCCAAAACAAGUGGGGGCCGAAGUUGCCCAGCUGCUCCAGGGUAUGUCAGCCACCUCCAAAAGUCCCACAUGGUAAACACACCCCAAGCCACAAAAACAACUUUUCUUCUGGACAGGAAGUGUUCUACAGCUGUGAGCCUGGCUAUGAUCUCAGAGGGGCUGCUUCUCUGCAUUGUACGCCCCAGGGAGACUGGAGCCCGUCAGCCCCCAAGUGUGCAGUGAAAUCAUGUACUGACUUCCUGGACCAGUUACCUAAUGGACAUGUCCUCUUUCCACUUAAUUUUCAGCUUGGAGCAAAAGUAUCCUUCGUUUGUGAUGAGGGAUUCCACUUAAAAGGCCAUUCUGCUAGUUACUGUGUCUUGGUUGGAAUGGAAAUCCUUUGGAACAGCAGCGUUCCUGUGUGUGAACAAAUCUUGUGUCCAAAUCCUCCUGAUAUCCUUAAUGGGAGACACACAGGAAAACCUCUGGAAGUCUUUCCUUUUGGAAAAGAAGUCACUUACACAUGUGACCCACACCCAGAGAGAGGGAUGAACUUCAGCCUCACUGGGGAGAGCACCAUCCGCUGUACCAGUGACAGUCAAGGGAACGGAAUUUGGAGCAGCCCUGCCCCUCGCUGUGGACUUCCGGGUCACUGUAACACCCCAGAUCAUUUUCAAUUUGCCAAGUUGAAAAUCCAGACCAAUGAAUCUGAGUUUCCCAUUGGGACAUCUUUAAAGUAUGAAUGCCGCCCUGAGUACCACAGGAAGUCAUUCUCUAUCACGUGUCUACAAAACCUCAGGUGGUCAAGUGCCAAAGAUGUCUGUAAACGUAAAUCAUGUAAUACUCCUCCAGAUCCUGUGAAUGGUGUGGUGCACAUAGAUACAGACACCCAGUUCGGAUCCAGAAUCAAUUUUUCUUGUAAUAGAGGGUAUCAACUCAUUGGUCACUCAGCUGCUGAAUGUAUUAUCUCAGGCAGUACUGUCUUUUGGGAUUCAGAGCCACCAAUUUGUGAACGCAUUCGUUGUGGGACACCCCCAGCCAUCGCCAAUGGAAAUUUCAUUAGCACCAACAGAGAAUACUUUCAAUACGGAACAGUGGUGACCUACCACUGCAAUCUUGGAGAGAGAAGGCAGGAGCUGUUUGACCUCGUGGGCGAGCCGUCAAUAUAUUGCACCAGUGAAGACAAUCAAGUUGGCAUCUGGAGUGGCCCUCCCCCUCAGUGCAUUGCACCUAAUAAAUGCACGCCUCCAGUCAUUGAAAAUGGAAUAAGGAUGUCUGAGAACAAAAGCUUAUUUUCUUUACGUGAAAGCGUGAGGUUUAGGUGUCAGCCCGGCUUUGCCAUGAAAGGACCCUCCACUGUUGAAUGCCAAGCCCAAAACAAGUGGGGGCCGGAGUUGCCCAGCUGCUCCAGGGUAUGUCAGCCACCUCCAGAAGUCCUGCAUGGUAAACACACUCCAAGCCACAAGAACAACUUUUCCUCUGGGCAGGAAGUGUUCUACAGCUGUGAGCCCGGCUAUGAUCUCAGAGGGGCUGCUUCUCUGCACUGUACGCCCCAGGGAGACUGGAGCCCAGAAGCUCCCAGAUGUGCAGUGAAAUCAUGUGCUGCCUUCCUGGACCAACUUCCUAAUGGACAUGUGCUCUUUCCACUUAAUUUCCACCUUGGGGCAAAAGUGUCCUUCAUUUGUGAUGAGGGGUUCCAGUUAAAGGGAAGCUCAGCCAGUUACUGUAUCUUGGUUGGAACGAAAAGCCUUUGGAAUAACAGUGUUCCUGUGUGUGAACGAAAAUCAUGUGGAAAACUUCCAGAACCCUUCAAUGGCAUGGUUUAUAUAAACACAGAUACCCGGUUUGGAUCAACAGUUAAUUAUUCAUGUAAUAAAGGGUAUCGACUCAUUGGUUCCCCUUCUGCUACUUGUCUCCUCUCAGGCAUUGAUGUCACUUGGGAUAAGAAGGCACCUAUUUGUGAGAAAGUAAAAUGUAGCCUCCCACAGAUUAUGAAUGGAAUCAAGAAGGAACUGAAACUAAGAAAAGUAUAUCACUCUGGAGAUAAUGUAACUUUGGAGUGUGAAGAUGGGUAUACUCUGGAAGGCAGUCCCUGGAGUCAGUGCCAGGAAGAUGACCUGUGGGACCCUCCUCUGGCCAUAUGUACCUCUCGCACGAGUGAUGAGCUCAUAGCUGGCAUGUUCUUUGGUAUGAUCCUCUUGAUUUUACCCGUCAUUGUUUCCUGUUUGAUAAUUCUAAAGCGCAAAAAAGGCAACAAUACAGAUGAAAACUUGAAAGAAGCAGUUAUCCAUCUGCAUCCCAAAGAAGGCAGUGGUGUCCAUCCUCAUUCUCUGCAAACAAAUCAGGAAGAUAUCAGUGUCCUUCCUUGACAAAGUACUAUAAAGCUAAAGAACACCUCGAAUUAAAAUGUUGAUUGGAAAAGAGCCAAUUCAUUUCAACAGAAUAAGAUCUGAGACUCAUAAAAUCUUUGAAGUGACUUCACAGAGAUGCAAACAUGUGCACUUGAAGAUGCUGAAACUCUCCCAGUACCUACUGAAGCACCCUCUUCUUAGCUUGGAUUACGGUCACCCCUUCACUCUCCUCUCUUGUGCUGAAAACACACAUUACCUAGUCAGGGGAAAACUACACUUAGGAUUUAUAAGUAGUCUAACUAUUUAAGGGAAAAAAGUGUUGCCUAGGAUUUCUGCUUGUAAGUUGGUCAUUUUUUUCCCAAAUGUUUAUAAUAAGAAUGGGCACAUUAGGGCAAAUUUGGAAAAUGCAGGGAGAAGAUAUGAAGAAAAGUCACAUUAAUUAUACUACCCAGUGGUAACCAUUGUUAAUAUUUUAAUUCAUGUUCUGCUAAUCUUUAUAUAUGUUUCUUUAUACACAUGUUUUUCUUUCUUAAAUACUUGCUUUUUUAUUGAAUAGAAUCCACUCAUUUUAGACAUUUUGGAGAAAAAUGUACGGUAUAUCAGUUUUCACUUUCUCAAAGAAAAAUAAAUUAAUUUCUGUUUAUUAAAAAGGCAUUGGGGGCUUCCCUGGUGGCGCAGUGGUUGAGAGUCCGCCUGCCGAUGCAGGGGA